AGACCAAAUAUCAAAAUGAUGAUAUUUUUCAUUGCGUGUGUUACAUUUGGUGGUUUGAGCCUUCCACAUACGGCCUAUGUGUCUUGGUCCAUUCCCUAAAUUUCUACAUUAGCAUUACACAAUAGAGUCACAGGUUGGUCUUAUUUCUUGAGUUUAUCAGGUCCGUCGGACCCGACCCUUAGAUUACCAAUCCGCAUCGCUCUUGGAGGGAGUGGACCAAUCAGAGAGCACCUUGGAUAAAUAUUCAUGAUUCCCUGAUUCAAACCUUUGAGCGAGUUUGUGUGGAUCCACAGCAUCGUACCUAGACUUUUCACAGAGACAAACUACAUUUUCUUAUGAAUGGAAAGUGAAAAAAUCCGUUGAGCUUAAAUUGGGAUCCAUCCUUCACUCAGAUCAUAGAAGAAAACAAAAAAGCAGGGAGAGAGAGAGAGAGAGAGAGAGAGAGAGCGAGAGACAUGACCAUGUCUACAAUACCAGAGAGUCUAAACAGCCCAGUCUCAGGAAAGAGCGUGUUCAUGGAAUUUGGGCCACCAAGUCAGCAAAUGUCGCCUUCAUCCAUGACCCACGGACAUUAUUCAAUGCACUGUUUACACUCGUCCGGACACCCGCAGCACGACAGCGCAUACAGCCCGGCUCCGUCCUUCCCCAGAUCCCUGCCUUAUCCAUACGUCAACUCGGUCGGUAGCCAUUCCUCCAGCCCGUACCUCAGCACCGUGCAGACUUACCCAAACAACUCGGCUUUGGCGCAGACGAGACUGGAGGACCCAGCACCAGAGUCAGAGAAAAACACCGUGGUGGAAGGAGGAGAGGUGCGUUUCAACGGGAAAGGCAAAAAGAUCCGCAAACCCCGAACCAUCUACUCCAGUCUCCAGCUGCAGGCUCUGAACAGGAGGUUCCAGCAAACCCAGUAUCUGGCUCUGCCGGAGAGAGCCGAGCUCGCCGCGUCACUGGGGCUCACGCAAACACAGGUGAAGAUCUGGUUUCAGAAUAAACGCUCCAAGUUUAAGAAACUGAUGAAGCAGGGCGGAGGAACAAUAGACACAAACGCGUUGGCUAACGGGCGCGGACUGUCCACCGGAUCUCCAUCCAUAGCGCCUGUCUGGAACUCAACCGCCACCGUCAAAACAUCCACGCCGACCUCGUAUAUUCCCAGUUACACCUCAUGGUAUCCCACAGCACACCAGGACACUAUGCAGCAGCCGCAACUCAUGUGAACCAGGACUGCUAAAACAACCCCGCCCCUCUAUCCACCAAUGGCCCAGUUCAGGGGACCCGACACAGGCCAGUCACUCUGCGGCCUUACACACACUGGCACUCCGCAGCCCAGACCAGAUGUGAUCCGGAGACACUCUCACACCGCUGACACACACUGGCCGGCGUGGACUGAACGAGAGCCGUCCGAACCGGAGAGGAAACAAGUCUCUUUUUCAAUUGAAGGGAAUGCCUGGAAAGUGGGUCGAAUCAAAGCUGCUACUCUCCCACUUUCAGUGACUUUUGUUGUGUAAAAAACAAACAAAACAAAAAAAUCAUGAAACUGUACCCUAGUCAGAAAUGUAUUUCGUUUUCUUCAAAAUUUGUAAUUUUCCAUAAGAAAAUUGGAAUUAUCCACAACACGGGCUGUGAGAUCACCAUGAGCAUCAUAUUUUCCCAAAUCUCACGCGAGAUUCAGUCGCUUCAGGCUUCGCCAUGGCGCGGUGAAUGUGUAAAAACUGGGAUAAAUCACACCGUGAGCAAGUAUGAUUUUCCCCCAUUUUAAAGGGAACAAAGAAAUCUUUAAACAAAGUUAUUUUGUAUGUAUGGCGUUUUGUGUUUAUUUAAAUAUAACUUAUUUAGAAUUUGUUUUGUUUUUAAUCUGUUUGUAUGUUUUAUUUAAAACUAAUGUUCUUUAAAUUAUGAUGUGAGGCUGCACUAUAAAACAGAGACACUUCCCUCGGAUUUGAACCCAAUUUGUAAAGCCGAGUGUUUUUUUGUUUUUGUUUUUGGAUCAGAUAAACGCGUCUAUCAUCACCGUCAGAUGGGAAGUGUUGACAGCUCUAAUGUACAGAAAUAGUCGUUUUCGUUGUGUGCUGAAUAAUUUGUGCAAAAGGAUCUAAACAUAAUUGUGUUUAUUAAAAUUCAUGUGUUUUUCCGUUUCACAUUGAGAAAAAAAAAUAGUUUUAUAGCUUUACCGCUCAUAUUAAUUUAUUGUUUUGUUUCAUGGAGUCUUGUAUAAUGUGUAAAACUCGAACAGUAAAAAUCUGUUUAUGAAAGAAGCUACAAAAUGUCAUCGCAACGUUUAUUGAUUUGUCAAAAAUGAAUGAAACUCAGGCAACUGAUUACGCAACGGAAUACCACGAAUUAAUGCAAUAUGAAAAAACAAACUUAUUUUGCCCUGAUAGAUGCCAAGAAAACAUGUCAAUAUUUAGCCAAGCUAUUUUAAA